AUGUUUACAUUAAGGUCUAGUUCUAAUACCAAUAAAAAAUUAAUCCAAGCGGAUGAGAAAGAAAAAGGCGAAAAUACAAAUUAUGAAAAAAUCACAUAUACUGAGGAAUCCUUAAGUAAAAUUGAUAAUUAUGCAAAAUAUUCAGACCAACAAAAUAAUAACUAUCCAAUUAGUAGAACAACAACUCCACACCUUAUUAAUAUUGAGAGUAUAGAAAGUGUUAAUGGUAGAUCAUUUAAUAACAUUGCAAAGGCAGUUACACUUUCAAAUGAUGAUGAAAACUUUAAACAAAUAACUGAAAGUGAUGAAUGUAAUAAUGAAGAACAUCCAAAUAAAGACAUCACAAAAGUGUUAAAUAGAAAAUAUGAUAACAUUAAUGACAGUGCUAGUUUUGAAUCAAUAAAAAUGGAAGCGCUUGAAAAAAGACAAAAUAAUGAAAACAAAGAUAAUUUCAAUAACGAUGAUAAUGAUGAUAAAUAUUAUUUAAAUAUUAAAAAAAAUCUUGAAAAUGAACAAUUAAAAGAAGGAACAGAAGAUGACGAAAACGGGUCUAUAUAUGUCCCUGACGAAAAAAAUAUAUAUAUGAAAUCAAGAAUUAAUAAAAAAUCGCAUUUUAGUGAAAAUGUGAAUAAUAGUAAAAAUAUUAACAAUCCAAUAGGGAAUGGAAAAGUUGUUAAUGAUAUGAUUAACAACACUACAAAUAGUGCUAAUACUAGCGAACACAGUGAUCAUAGUGAUAUUCAUAAUAACGAAAGUAGUAAUAAUAAUAGUAACGAUAAUGUUUGUGAACAUGAAGAUAGAAUAGUUUAUUUAAAAAAAUUACGUUAUGAAGAAAAUUCUAAAGAAAAUUUUGAUGAAAAUUAUGCAAAUCCUAAUGAGGAUUGUGGAUAUGAUAAAAAAAAAGAUAAAUAUGAAAAAUUUGUAUUUCAAGAAAAGGAAUCUGGAAAUAAUAUGGGCAAUGAUGAUAUAGAUAAUAUAAAUAAUGAUGAUAAUGAAAAUAAUAUAAAAUUAAAAGAAUAUUUAAUAAAAGGAAUAAUGUCAAAAAAAACAAAUGCAGAAAAUGGAUCAAUAAAUCAAAAUAAAGCACUUGCAUUGAUGGAUAAUAUAUUGAAUAUAAAAAAUAAUGAUAAUAAUGAUAGUGGAUUAAAUUUCUCAUUAAGAAAAUGUUAUAAUGAUGAGAGAAAGGAUUUAAUAGAUAAAUAUACAUAUUCAAUGAUGGGAUAUAAUAAUAAUAAUAAUAUGUCAUGCAAUGAUGUAAAUAAUUACAAUGGAAAUAUGAAUAAUAAAAUUCAUUGCAAUAACAACCAUCGAGAUCAUAACAAUUGCGACCAUCAUCGAUGUUUCGUUGAUAAUAACAUUAGUAUGAAAGAAUCGAUAAAUAAAAAUGAAUACAUAAAAAAAGUCAAAGUAAUAUGCUUAAGCUAUUUGAGAAUUUUAAAAAGAUUAAUUACAGCUUGGAGUGAAACUAAUAAAUCAUUUGAAUAUCAUUUUAUUAAUAUAUUAAAUAAUGUUGAACCUAAUAAUUUAGAAAUAUAUUUAUGCUGUUUUUCUAACAUUAAAAUAUGUUCUAUAAAAAGUAUAUUUAUGUAUUCUCUAAUAGAGUGUAUUGAAGAAUUAGAAAUAAUAAAACAUUUUAAAAUGUUACAAAAUAAGGAAGAUAUAUCAUCAGAUAAGGAUCAUAACGCUAGUAGUACUACAAAUGCAAUACUUGAUAAGACUGAAUUACAUAAACGAAUAAUAGAAGAAGUUGAAAAAAAAUUAACAAAAGAAAUUGUUGAUGAAAUGCAUGAAUUAGCAUUAAGGAAUCCAUAUUUUAGUACGUCCUACUAUUUGAAUAGUCAAAAUAAUACAGAUGAAAAAUCAUCCACUAUUUUAUCUUUAUACAACAGUGGAUAUAAAAAUAAUAUACAAAGUUUUAAUGAUAGUACUCACGGAUUUGAUGAUUUUAAAAAAGGAAAAGACUUAUUACAUUGCAAUCAUAAUAGUGAUAAUAAUUAUGGUGGUGUUAGAAACAGUUGUGGAUGUAAUCAUGACAAUUUGAACAAUUAUGGUUGUGCUGACUCUUUACCAACAAAUUAUGCUAACAACCUUUUAUAUAAUUACUUAAACAAUAAUAAUGGAAAUAACAAAAAUGGAUUAUUAAAUAACCAUCAGCAUAAUAACAGAAAUGGGCAUUCUAGCUUAAGCAAUGUGAAUAACAAUUAUAAUUCAUCUUCUAAUGUUUCAAAUUCCAAAACAAAAAAAAACAAUUAUUCAAAUCAAAAUAUUUUAAACAAAUUAAAUGUUAGUAUUGAUUAUAACUCUUUUAACGAUUAUAAUAAUAAUUAUAUACAAGAAGCCGAAAAAGUAGUUGAAAAAUAUAAAAAUUUCAAUAAGAUGAAUUCAAAGGAUAGUGAUAAUAUGUAUAGUGCAUGUAGUUAUUCAACUGGCGCGACUGAUUUCAAUAAUCAUAAUGGCAACAAUAAUAUAAAUACCAUUAAGCAUUUUAAAAUGCUUCUAUCUGAGUAUGCAAAUAUGUGCAAAAAUGAGAAAAUGCGUCCAAAAGACACAGAUAUAAACCCAAUUGACCUCAACAUUUUAAAAUCUUUCUACUCUCGAUUAAACACGUCUGGUAGUUUAGAGGAAAAGGAUCAUCAUCAUGAUAGAUCAAACGAAGAUAUAUAUGUGAAGGACAUAAAAGGAUAUUUUGAAAAUAAGCAUAAAAUAGAAUAUGAUAGAAACACUGAUUUAAACAAGUAUAUGGAUGACUGUCGAUUCACAGAAGAUAGCAAUUAUAACGAAAGAGAUAAUUAUGUGAAGUUUGAUAAAGAUCAAGGUGAAACAAAUGGAAAUGAAAAUAAUUAUAGCUUUUUAUCAAACAUUAUUCAAAAUAUGUUAUCGAAAAAAAGAAAACAAGAUUAUUUAUAUCCUUCAUCUAAGGUAAAUAAUAUUAAUAAUGAUAAUAAUUCUUACAAUGAUUUGAACUACUUAUUACGUAAUAGUAACGUUUUAAAGAAACUUAAAUUAAAUUUUAUCGAAAAUAAAAAAGAUAAUGGAUAUAAUAACAAAAACGGAAAUGGAAAUAACAACAUGAAUGCUGAUAAUAUUAAUAAUAAUGGUAAAGACUUUUUAAGGAAAAAAGAUAUGAAUGAUAUAGGAGUGAAUGAUAAUAUUAAUAAUGGUGGGCACGGUUACAAUUCUCGAAAAAAUAGUUCAUACAAAAACAAUGCUUUAAAUAAUGUGAAGAGUUAUAAAGACUUAUUAAAUUUAUCACAAGAAAGUUUAAAUAAAAAAGGAAAUAAUGAGUUAUCAGGAUUUAAAAAUGGUUCAGAAUAUAUAAGUUCAAAUGCUUUGUAUGAUUUUAUUAUGAGCACAAAUAAUUCGAGUAAUCUUCUUGAGAAUUCAUUACAACAUGGUAACAUUAUAAACAACAUUAACAAUAAUAAUGGAAAUAAUAAUAACUCGAACAAUCUAAAUGGUGUGGGAUAUAGAUACAAUUAUAAUGCUAAAAAAAAUAAUAAUUAUGAUUAUAAUACUGAUUAUAAUUCGAAAAUAAGUGUUGAUGGAUCUGAACUAUCUUUAAGUAAUAACGACAACAAUGAUCUUAUUAUGAGUAUAGGUGGAGGUAGAUCAGAAAAUAUUAAUGGUGAAGGAGAAAAUGGAAACAGUUAUAAAACUAGAAGGUUAGAUAUGAAUAAAAAUGUAUCUUCAGGUAAUAAUAAUAAUUUUGCCAAUAAUAAUGGAAGUUAUAAUAAUAAAGGUGGUAAAAUUUUAAAACAAUCAACUAUAGUUUCCUCUGUAAAUAAUGCAAAUUAUGCAAAUGGAAAAUUAAAAUAUGAAAUGCCAGCGGGUGUAAAUCCAAACGAUGAUAAAGUAAAAGGAGUAUAUUUUUCGAAAUCACCAAGAGGCGUAGGUAAAUGGAAUGCUUACUUUCAAAUAGCUAACAAUAAAAGAUUAUUUACAAGUUUUAGUGUAAGCAAAUACGGUUAUAAUGAGGCAAGAAAAUUAUCAAUAUUAAAAAGAACUGAAUGGGAAAAAGAAUAUAAACAUCAUACUGAUUUAAAAAAUGCAGAUGCUAAAAAAGGAAAGAAAAAAAGUAAUAUUGUUUCUAAUAAUUUAUCAAAAAGUAAUGGAAAAAGUAUUAAUAUUAAAGGAGGAAAAAAUUCAAAUAGCGAUGAUUCUAUUCGUUAUACUAAAGAUGGGAAAUUAAUCGAUGAGGAUUUGCUAUAUUCAAAUGACGAUGAAGAUGACGACACUGCAUGUUUAAUGAAUAGUAAAUUAACUAAUUCUAUGGGAAAAGGAUUAAUAGGUGAUAGUGAAAAAAAAAUGAAUAAAUCAAAUCAUAUGGACAUUAAUAAUAAGGGGAAUAAUGGAGUUGAUAACAUGUUAGAUAGAGAUAAUUAUUUAAGAGUAGAUAGUGAUAAUAUAAAUUUUUUUAUUGACAACGAUAAGAAUGAUGAUGCCUUUAAUACAAUUGAUUUAAUCAGAUCAAGCUUAAGUGUAGAAAAUAAUGGAAAUAAUCAUAAUAGUCCAUCAAAAAACGCAAUAAACUAUCCUUCUAAUUCGUUAAUUAUGAAUUCGUAUAAUAACAAUAUUAUGGAUGCCAAACAAUCAUUAAAUGCUUCUAGGAUUUUAUCAAACUCAUUAGGAUUCUCAAAUAAGGGAUAUGAUGAAUAA